AUGCAGGAACUGACAGCUAUUUGGACCAACGCAGCAAUGGCGGUUUGGAGAAAGAUGUUGCGCAGAAACCUCCUGUCGCUGUCUGUGCUUCUGUUCCUCGCCCUUCACUCGAUCAACGUGAACGCUCGCCCCGCAAACAUGUCCUCCGCCAAAGAGAAGGCCCCGGACAACAAAGACGAGAACGAGAUCCUGCCUCCGGACCACAUCAACGGGGUCAAGCUGGAGAUGGAUGGACACCUGAACAAAGACUUCCAUCAGGAGGUGUUUUUGGGCAAAGAGAUGGAGGAGUUUGAUGAGGACUCAGAGCCGCGACGCAACAGGAAGAAGCUAAUUGACAUUUUCACAAAAGUGGAUUUUAACAAAGAUCGCAGCAUCAGUGCUAAAGAGAUGCAACGCUGGAUCAUGGAGAAGACGGAGGAGCACUUCCAGGAGGCCACCAUGGAAAACAAGAACAGCUUCAGAGCAGUCGACCCAGACAAAGACGGUCACGUGACUUGGGAUGAAUACAGAGUAAAGUUCUUGGCGAGUAAAGGCUUCAAUGAGAAAGAGGUCGCAGAGAAAAUAAAGAACGGAGAAGAUCUGAAACUGGACGAAGACACUCAGGAGGUGCUGGAGAGUCUGAAGGAUCGCUGGUUUCAAGCCGAUAAUACUCCGGCUGAUCAGUUGCUGAACGAGGAGGAGUUCCUGUCGUUCCUGCACCCGGAGCACAGCCGCGGAAUGCUCAAGUAUAUGGUCAACGAGAUCGUCCGAGACCUGGACCAGGACGGAGAUAAGAAGCUCACGCUGUCUGAGUUCAUCUCGUUGCCCAUGGGGACGGUGGAGAACCAGCAGGCCCAGGACAUCGAUGAUGACUGGGUCCGCGAGCGCAAGAAGGAAUUUGAAGAGGUGAUCGACGCAAACCGGGACAGCAUCGUGACCAUGGAGGAGCUGGAGGAGUACAUGGACCCAAUGAACGAGCACAACGCUCUGAACGAGGCCAAGCAGAUGAUUGCUGUGGCCGACGAGAACCAGAACCGAAACCUGGAGUUGGAGGAGAUCCUCAAGUACAGCGAGUAUUUCACCGGCAGCAAACUCAUGGACUACGCCCGCAACGUCCACGAAGAGUUCUGA